AUGACAUUGAAGAACAAAUGUGCGGACUGGUUACCUGGACCUGGGAAUCCGUCGACGGCAACCGGUCAUCCUUCCAACUCUCUGCGAUUCCCUCAUUCCGGUGCUUUGGUCCGCCCUCUCGCCUUCACGGCCACUUCUCCUUACUUUGUCGGGUUUCCACAUCAUUCCCAACCUCCCAUGCUGCAUCUCAUUUAUACUUCCGAAUUGAUAUGAAAAAAAAAACUUCUUCCCAAGUUCGUACUUCUCAAAAUCAGUUAAGCCUUGUCCUUUUCCUGGCUUUAAGCCUCGGGAUAUGGGCCUUCAUUGUUGAGAAGUUUGCAUUCACGAACCUUUUUGGCGUGCAUUUGCAAAGAACAGGACGUAGAUAAAAAAUAUAUCUUCGUUCAGAUACUUUCCAUUUCCCAUCUCUUUCCCUCUUUUAUGCUAAUGACUAUCCGUGUAAAUGAAAAAUAGGAGUACAGAAAUUUUUCGAUUUUAUGUUUAAAAAUUAAUAUAGCCUUUAAAUAAAACAAGGUCCAUUCGCCGCUAACUUCAAAACAAAAAAGGGGCAAAAACGUCAAAAAAAAUCUCUUUUUUAGUACAUGUUUUGCUGGUUGUGUGAACACCCUAUUUCGAAAUUCCUCAAACUCGGAGUGAUACUUAUCAAACAGAAAAUCAUCGAAAUGAAAAGCUAAAUCUUCAUUAUUUUUUAAAAACAGUCAUUUCACUGUAGGUUCCUUUGAAGUAUACUUUCUUGACCGAAAGGGAACAGCUUGAGUAGUUUGGAAGAAAAAGAUGAAACAGAAAAGCUAGAACUUCUAGCCUAGAAGGCAAUCGUGGGUAUAUUUUCAAGAGCAGAGUAAUUGACGGAGACAAAAAAAAGUUAAGAUCGCCGAAAACUCUUUUUAUUUUUACCGUAACAACAGAAUGCCAUCCUUCGACGAUUCAAGCUACAGAGUACAAUUCAUCUUUCACAGGAAGUCUCAGAGGAGAAGAAUGAUCGGUGGUUGGUGAAGGAUGAGCCCGUUUCCGGUCGGCCGGCCGAAUAGACGCCUAAUAGAGCCGCGUGUCGUUGCGAUUACCUUGUCCCCCGGACUGAAUUGCGUCCUCCUUUAUUGGCCCUUGAUCCACAUACCCCACGGAGCAAUAACUCGCUUUGUUGCCAACUUUCGGCGGCCGUCCUGCUUUCGUAUUCCACGACGGAAUCACAUUUGAGCCGCCCAUCAUGUUUCCUCGGCUCUUCACUCGGUUCGGACCACCACGUUCUGGACCGCGGCUAUUCAAGCGCCGUCUUCUUCAUUAGCGCCUCGGUCCCAAAUCUCGGACCUCUUCCGCAACCUCGGCUUCCUCCUUUGCUCUCUCUUCUUUUCAAGUUGUUCCAUUUCAUAUCUUCUUCUGUCUUCACUGCGUCAAUGUUUCCAUAUCCAAAUCCUUCUCCUUUUUUGUAUAUCUAAAUAACUUUUUUGAAAUGAAACCUGUGAAGAAAUAUUUUGCUAUCUCAGCAAGUCUUUUCGAAUUAAGAGAAAAUAAUAAUGAAAGUUUGCAGAGUCUUAUUAGCUUUAAGUCUUUUCUUCAAAUUUCCCGAUUUCUUGAUGUAACGCAACUCUGAUGUUUAUGAAAAAUUUCAUGAUUCAGAAGCGGAGGAAGUAUGAAGACGACGCUGAAGACGCUGUUCGUUGGAUUUCUCCUUCCUCUGGCAACUCUGGCCAUCGAAUGUUACACAGGAAGUCAACUCCAGGUCAACGACUGUCCGUCCCUCUCUUGCAUCAAACAAACUCUCGGACUGGAUACGGUACGCUCUUUCUUUCCAAACUCUCUACUUCUAUUUCCAAAAUCUCUCAGACUUUUCUCAGCUCUGAACUAAGAGGUGUCAUUUCAAAGACUAGUACCCUCCCAUUACUUGGUUUGGCGACCUUUGACGAAAAGAUCCGUAGAGGUCAUCGGCAGAGAGAGAAAGAGAAAGGAUUCUCGUUAUUCGAGUAAUUCCCAAUCAGACAAAAAGCCGGCGGCCCAAUUUUUGCCUUUUCGCUUCGCAAAUCCGUUUCCAAAGAGUGUAAGAAGAGCUUUUCGGCAAGAAAAUAUAGAUUUUUCAUAGAUUUGGGCAGAUAUUCUGACCGAACCAGUCAGCUUUAAAUCAAAAGUCCGCAUAAUCUGAGCGAAGGGUGUGUCGCAAAGAAAUUGCAAGUCUCUAUAAGAUUUGAGCGGCUCAAAGUGAAGCCUUUGACGACAAAGGAAUGCGAAUUUGCAUUCGAAAAGGCGUCGUCAGGCGCCCGACGGAAAUGUCAUGAAACGCGCCUCUUAUUGUGCCUUUCAACCAAACAGUCUCUACUCGAACCGACACAGUUGACUACGUGUUGAUUCGUUCUGAAGCGUUGGGGAUUACCUGGACUUACCUAAAAACCGGUUCAUAUGUAUCCUCCCGUUUUUAACAGUACUAGGGACCGAAGGUAAAAAAAUAACCUUCUGCUUGUCAAAAAAAUCGCGACAGGACAUCACCUUUUUGACAAAAAAAGUUUACUAUAUAAAUUGGAACCAUUCUCUGGUAUUUUCCUUCUUGUUCUUUUUUUAUUCAUUCAAUGGUUACUUCUAAAAAAACUAUAAAAAGGUUAUCAGUUUUAAAAAAAUGAUUUUAUUUUCUCUACUUUCCUUUUUAAUUCGAAAAAAACAACUGCGUUUCACUUUUUCAUGUUUUAAACCUGCCACAUAGAAAAGGACGUGAGGCUUUUCUAAUGAUAAACCUUUCAUAAAAUCGAAAAGAAAUUUAAAAAGUCACGUAGCAAAACUCCGAGUUUUAACUCAUUUGUUUCAGAUUUGAGAAACGGAUCUAAAUUUUCAUGAAGUUAAAGUUAAUUCACCGUUGAUUAGUAAAAAGAAAAACUGGAAAAAGAUAUCAAUUUGAAAGCAAAAAUGGAAUAUUUUCUUGAAGCAUAGCCUGAGGAAAACUGUUCAAACUGUGUUAUUUUGCGAAAGAAUCAGUCUCGAACUCUAUGCUUCUUCAAUCUCACACUGAAACCGACUAUUUGCAACGCCUGUUCAGGUGAGGUACUGCGACGGGACUGGAGUCUCCUCGAUCUGCCAGACCUACCGCAUUUUCGAGUCCUGCGACACGAUCCCCAACCUCGGCUUCAUCUGUUGCUGUACAGGAAAUCUUUGCAACACCGUCGGGACCCCAUUUUCUCAUAUUUCUUUCAUUUCUCUGUUUGUUCUAGUGACCUUGGCUUUGUUAUAA